AUGUGCUGCACCUGCGAAAGCCGCUCGCCGCCCGCCGCAAUACGGAGCGAAAGUGCCGCGCACAAUAGAAGAACGCGAUCGGGAGAAACAAAACGAGAAAAAGCCUUCCCGAUCACGGUCCGAGUGUUUAUAAAUAGCGUCACCGUUCUCGACACGAACAAAGGCGUCGGCCACGGACAAAAGACUGACUGGCAACGGAGCGUAGUGGUGUCGGCACGGGGGAACGGCGCUCACUGGGCUCGGGUAGAAGGGGGCCCCGCGCGUGUCGCCCCCGCCCCGCCAGCGCCACCCCGCGCCCCUCUCACGGCCCAGGCACAGCCGACAGAACCAGACACAGACACAAGCCUGCAUAAU